CGAGAACCGGUACAAGAGUUCCGCGGUCAAAUUGCAACACCGGAGAACGGCAGGAGGACGACAAAGGGAUUCAACCGGUAAUUUGCCGGACCAAAAACCAGCCAUGCCGAGCGAUUCACCACCGAAGCCGCAGGGAGAGGAUCCCCGACCGCAGCACAUUCGUCCUCGGGUACAGAGAAAAAAACCGAGGUCCCCGGGGGUUGCCCAGGACAAGCCACCAAGGGAUCAGAAAGGGGGCCCUCCCGGGGAGGUCGAGGAGGCCCGGAAACGAAUGGAGUCGUGGAUGGGCCUCGGGGGAGUCAGCAGCAGCAACACCAGCUGCAACACCAGCUGCAACACCAGCGGCAACACCAGCAGCAACACUAGCAGCAACCACAGCUACGGCAACACAGUGGUGGUUUCCACCCACGAACCAACGCGGGUGCCACCGGUCGAGCCAAAGCCGGAGAAAAAGCUCCCGGCGAGCAUCCUGAAAACCCCCAAAUAUUCCGGCGCUACCGGGAGCAGUGCGGUAGUGACAGGAUCUCCGCCCGCGGCGCCGGCCCCGACGGGCACCGGUAUACUCCAAACGGUGGCGGUUUCCCCCGCGGUCCCGAGCGGCGGGCCGCAACCCGAGGCUUCCGCAGCGGCACUUCGAACGGAACCGGAAGCGGGAAAAAUCUGCAGGGACGUCGUGGUGGAGCGAGACCCGGCCGUGGCCGCGAAAAGGAGGAGGUCCUUCCGCCGCGGCAAGAAGGGGCCGCCGCUGCCGCCACCGACCGCCGGGGAUGCGGCCCUCCGCGCCUCCGCCAUCGAGGGGUACGUGCCCUUUGCCGGAAAGGGUGCCCGGGAGGCGGCUCCGGCUUCCGAACCGUUGGGAGCGAGCAAAAGCAAAAGCACCAGCACCACCGCCGAAGKUGUCGGCGGGGACAGCGGCGGACAGGAACCCCUCGUGAUCGAGAGCCUGGAGGCCCUGAUGCGGGCCGCGGGCGAGCCCAUGCCCGAAAACCCGGACACCAUCACGGAAGACACGAAAAUGGUGGAGGCCAACAUUGCCUUUUCCGUCAUGACCAAGGACCAGUACGAGCAAAAGAUCCCCGAGCUGAGGGAGGAGCACGAGGAAGAACGUCGGAGGCAGCUCGAGGUCUUUCUGGGGAAGCGCAACAUCUUCCAAGACGACGAAAGCGCCGAGUGCGUGGAGGGGGCCGUCGACGGCGAUGCCCGCGAGACCGGGGAGGAGGAGGASGACGACGAGGACGACGACGAUGCGGAUGCCAUGAUGGAACUCCUGCUGGGAUCCGAUAUGGAAAACAGCGACGACGACGACGAUCGCGGACCUCCCCCCGAGCCGGAGGUCAGGGCCUUUUCCCUGCUGUGGAACGCGCUCGUCAACUGGAUGACCCACGAGACGGUUGAGUGGGUCAAGGCCCUGCGAGAGACCCAGGGAAGCGGCGGCAACGACAACGACACGGCCACCACCACAAACCACAGCGUGGACACCGAGUGGACGCCGAUGGUGGACAGGAGCGACGUCGGGGCCUCCCGUUGCGCCGGCGUCAUGGCCAUGGUCCGCCUGUACCUGGGCAGGUGCAUGGAGGAGCUCUCCCAUCCCCCCGGGUCCAAGCGCAGGGCCGAGAAGCGCCUGAACGACCUGAUGCGGACCUUYGACUACUCGCGGGAAAACCCGAGGCUCUCCCCGGCCCACUGGAGGGCCAUGGUCUGCGUCCUGCUGGAGGUCGUGCUGGGGGCCGGGCCGGGGGGUGCCGGAGGGGCCGUCCUGCCCCCCUCCAUCGCCGGGGUCGGGAUGAAGCGGGAGGAAUUCGAGUACCUGUCCCGCAAGGCGGUCCUGGCGUUCGGGUGAGAAGGUUCCCGGUGGCCCGGCGGAACCGGUGACCGUCGCGGAAAUGCCGUGGUCGCGACRAGYUGYGAUUKGGAGCAUGGUCGGCAGGAGGACGAUCUACGUCCUUCGAAAAUCCAGUCAAGAUAAUGCUCGCCUCUAGAAACGAUGCGGCAGGUCGGUCUCUCACGAAAUAAUAAUUCUCGAUUAAA